AUGGAACAGUAUUAUUCAUACACAGUACAGAAUAGUUAAGAAUCUCUCAUUAUUGAAUUAAAUUAUUAUCCUACAUUGUAAUAUCAUUGUAAAUUUCUACUUUAUAAUUAGUAACCUUAAGUCAUCUAUAGUUAAUAUUAUAUAUAAUUAGUUGUCAGUAUUGACAAAUAUCUUAUUUUAGGAUCUAAACAAAAUAUUUUAUAUAAUUAAAUAUACAAAGAUCCCAUCGAUAAAUUUAAGUUGAUUUUGGAUUACAACGAAUAGUUUUAAUUCAAAUCUUAUGACAUUAGGUCUAUCUAAUUCGAUGACUUUUGCAAAUAGCCUUCAGACAAAACUAUUUAAUUAAAUACUCUGUAUUAUGAGGAUAUAUACCUAAGCAUUCAUUAACUGUAGCAACUGCACUUUACCAACCUUCCUCAAGAGAAAUACUCAAGAAUUCUUUUAACUAAAAUAGAUACAAAUACAAUUCUUAAAUAAAACAUCCAUGUGAAUUACAUGAGUCACAUCCCAGGGAGCAUUCAUAAAUUUAUAAUUAAAACUGUGUUAUUCUCCAAUAAGAAUUUUAAGCUGACAUAGACAAUGUAAUAGAUGAAUUUGUUUGUUAAAAUUGUAAUAGAUACUUGGAAAAUGAGAUAUGGAAGCUCACUUAAGCAUGCACCAAUUAAAACCAUGUUAUUUGUAUAAAUCCUUUAGUGCUCGAUUUUACUAUCUAAGUAAACUAGAAAGAUGCGAUCAUACGAGUUAUUUAAUCUAGGGACUAAAUAUAUUGAAUAAUAAAAUCAGAGGGAAAAAUGACUAUUAUUUAAAAAAAUACAUAAAAUCAUACUAUAAUAAUAAAAUUAAAGAAUUUUAUCUUUUUGAUCUGCCUAAAUUACAGCAGAAUACUUUUUGCUGAUAAUAAAUUAAAUUCAUAUUCUAAAGUAAAUAUUGGAUUUUAUCUUAGACUAAGUUUGUUAAUGAUGGAAAUAUUUCUGCGUUUUGGAUCUUGAAAAUAUAAGGGACAUUCUUUGACUUCAUUUUUUGUAAUUCUAAAUAUUUUUGUAGCAAUCUUAGCUUGUAAUAAUGUCAAAAGACUUGAAAUCGAUAUAGAAAAUUAAAAAGCAAAGAGUGAAUAGAAACUGCUCCUCCCUUUAGAACAAUGCUAAUCGCAUUUCUUAACAAUUGUCAAUCAUUUUAUAGAUUAUUGUAUAUCGAUAAUAGCAUUAUGAUUAUCAAAUAAAUGAAGACAAAACUCAUGGACAUGCAGAAUAAAAUAUGAAAAAGAUGC